AUGAUAUCGGCUUCCUCUACCCGAGGUCCAUUCAGGGCAGAAUUAGAAGGUGGCAUCCCAUGGCGCUGGAGCUUGCUUCCUUUCGGAGCCAUCCUGACCCUUAUAUGGGUUCUGCUGCGAAGACUACACCACGCGGGACUGUCCCGGUUCCCUGGACCGCCGCUGGCCGCCGUGAGCGGGCUCUACAAGACCUACAUUGAAGUUCUGCAGCAGGGCUGCUUUGUGCACAAAUUGGAAGAGCUCCAUGCUCGGUAUGGUGAUGUUGUGCGUACGGGACCAAACGAAUUGCAUUUCAGCAGCCCAGCGGCGUACAUGGACAUCUACAACAUGAACAACCGCUGGGACAAGGAUCCCGCCUUAUAUGAAGCGUUCGGCGAGAGCGACUCCUCAUUUGGGAGGCUGUCCUAUCGCGAUGCGAAGGAGCGCAAGAACGUGCUACAGUCGCUGUUUUCCAAGAAAGCAGCGGUCCAGGCGCAUCGCUUGGUAGAGUCCAAGGUUGUUGAACUAUGCAAGGCGUUCGAAAAAUCCGAGGGCGGUCCAGUCGACUUGCUCGCGGCAUUUCGAUGCUUGUCCAUCGAAACCAUUGCUUGUGGGUUGAUCCAAGCUGUCCCCUCACAUACCGUCCAGCGAGCUGACGAUAUUGUACAAUUAGAUAUCUUUUGCGGUCAGUCCCUGGGCGCAAUCGAGUCACCCACGUUCGACGCGCCUAUCAUUCAGUCGAUGGACGAAGGUGUUAGCUAUAUCAUGCUCAUGAAGCACUUUCCAAUCCUCCAAUUGCUUAUGAACCAUUGCCCCCCGUGGAUGAGCAAAUUGCUUAGUCCAAAGGCAAACGGAAUGGUGGACUUUCGAAAUGUAACGUACCCGAUGAGACACGAAGCCUUUUUUCUGGAAAAGCAAGUCAGAAGCCUCGUGGCUGAUCGCCGGGAACUACAAAAGCUGCCACACACCUCCACCAUCUACCAUCUGCUGUUAGGCCCCGAGGUUGCCAACCCACCUUCGCAGCUCAGUAUUCUUGAGGAGACACAGACCCAGGUCUUUGCGGGUGAAUCUUCGGGACUCACACUGAUGCAUGGUUCGUUCCACAUCAUUCAAACGCCGCGGGUAUACCGAAAGCUCAGGGAGGAACUCAUGGCGGCGUGGCCGGAUCUUGAGCAGCCUCCUAGCCUGGCCACUCUGGAACAGUUACCAUACCUGACCGUUGUCGGCUCCAGCAGCCACUUCGUUCACCGGAACGGGGACGUGUUCGACAGGCCCCAUGAAUGCAUUCCCGAACGGUGGUUGGAUGAGCGCAGGGCCGACAUGGAACAAUAUCUGGUCGCCUUCGGAAGGGGACCUCGGCGUUGUAUUGGCGAAAAUUUUGCCUGGGUCAUUCUUCUCACGGCCAUGGCUCACUUCUAUCGUAAAUUUGAUGUCGAGCUUGAUCCCUCCAGGUACGUUGCCCGCGUAUAA